AUGAACGGUCUUGUUUUCCUUUUAUUCGUUCUCGGUGCACCUUUCGCAGUGAAUGCGAAAGAGCUUCCAGAAAAGUUUUAUGGCAAGUUCGAUUUGGACCACUCGGAGAAUUUUGACGAGUAUUUGGAAGCUAAAGGUUACGGCUGGUUUACACGUAAACUCGUGACUUUCGCUACAUUCAAGAAGGAAUUCAAAAAGAGUGAUAAGCGUGGCAAGUUCGACUAUGCUAAUUUGACUUCUAAGAAGAAUGUGUUUUAUGACAAUGUCGAACUCGGAAAGGAGUUCGUUGGUGAAGGACUCGACUCCACAAAGCAUAAAAUUGUGUUCGAUCUAGCAGGAGACGUCAUGUUUGAGAAGCACCAUCCCAUCGAAGAAGGAGAAGCUAAAGAUGAAACAUAUGAGUACUCCUUCAUCACAAAAGAUGGGAAGGAAUAUCUCCUCGUGAAAAUGGAAGCUAAUGGUGUUAUUGGUAAGCGAUUCUACAAACGCGUCUAG